GGCCAGACGGGCAGGGGGCGGGCUCAGCCCGGCCCCAGCUCCUGGCCGCGCAGCCCGGGGUCCGCACCCGCGGCUACAGCCGUGUUGGGGACCCGCAGGCCGUACACUUGGCGCUCGACGUGGCCUCAGACGUCUUCGUCGUGCGAGUGCUGCUGGAGGAUUCCGGGGAAAUGUGCCGAGUGACCAACUGCCACAGCGACAUGACCGUGCGGGAGCUCAAGGAGGAGCUGGACCUGAGGCUUGGCAUCCCCUUCAACCUCCAGCGGCUCCAGUACCUGGACCAAGGAAUUUUGAUGGAUGAGGCUACCCUGAAGUUCUACGAUGUUGUUCCUGGUGGAAUUAUUUCAUUACGUAUCUGGCAUUAUGAUGGAUGGACGGAGCUGGUUUUGGCGGCCGUGGAAGGAGAUUCCAGCAAGCUGUCUUUCCUUGGGGUCACGGAGGACUCCUUCUACCGCACCGCAAACUCGCAGCAUUUCCAGGACACGCAGUGGAGGAAGUGGGUCGCCCAGAGGGCGUUCGUGGCGUUGUAUAUUGCCUCACACAGAGGAAACUUGGAGGCUGUGCAGUACCUUCUAGAGCAUGGUGCCAACUGCCUGGGCAGAUCCCCCGUGGGCAGGACGCCCCUGCACGUGGCUGCAGCCAUGGGCCGGCUGGACUGUAUAAACCUCUUGCUCAACUAUGGGGCCUCCAUCAACGACAAGGAUGCCCAGGGGGAGACGCCCAUGACCCUCGCCCGCCGCAUGAACCGCGGCCAGAGCGAGCGGCGCAUGUUCCUCUUCUACUGGCUGGUGAAGCUGGGGAUGAAGGGCCCGGCGGACCCGGCAGACCCUGCGGUGAACAAGGCUUUUCAGAGAGUCAAGUCCAGGUUUGACUCCACGAAGAAGAAGAAGACGUAG